AUGUCUUUCUGUCAGUUUUCUGGCGGUGAGAUCUACAAGGAUCAUUUCAAACAAGGUAUGUAUGUGUGCUCCAAGUGUAGCCAUCCACUGUUUUCCAGUCGCUCUAAGUUCGCCCACUCGUCUCCCUGGCCUGCUUUCACCGACACCAUCAAAGAGGACAGCGUCACCAAGAUGAUGGAGACUCUCACCGUCUUCAAGGUUCUUUGUGGCAAAUGUGGCAACGGGCUGGGCCACGAGUUUGUGAAUGACGGCCCGGAGAAGGGAGUGUCACGAUUUUGA